AAAUGAACUUAAAAGUAUCAUAUAUAUUAUGGAUGUUUUUAUAUUCAUUAAAUCUAAAAAUAAUUAAUAUAUAUAAGUAUAUAAAUCUAUUUUGGAUACCCAAAAUACUUCGGUUCGGAUCGAAUUAGGUUUCAGUUCUUCAAAUACCAAAAUUUUGAAUAUUCGGAUAUUUAAUCAAUUCCGGUUCGGAUUUAGUACUAUUUAUUCGGAUUGGGAUCGGUUCAAUUAUUCGAAUUCGAAUUUUUUGCCUAACCCUAAAUAGUGACAUAAAAAUCAAAUAGCAUCUUAUUUUUUUAAAAGAUACACCCGUACGGGCGUGCGGGUCAAAAUCUAGUUAUUAUUAAGUUUUUAACCAGUUUUCAAAAUUGCUUUUGUUUCUGCUAUGACAAGUUGUCCUCGGUUCCUAAAUUGUAAAGGGUUAGAAUAAUCUAAAGCUGCCAUAGGAUUCUGCACCUCCGGUCUCUUUUUUUUUUUUUUUUUUUUGAAUACAAACUUUAUUUUAGAAUGAAAACUAAACUAUGGCUACAAAUGCUCUGAUGCCAUCAAAUUGGAUUGAUUCUUUUUUUUUUCCGACAAUUAUAUUUAUAAUAAAAACCAACCCGCAAGGGAAUACCGAAACAGGCUUCUGGCUAACCGAAAGAGAAACAAUAAAACUCCAAAAUAGAUUAGGCUUAUCUAUAAGACCAAGGAAAAGUAAACCAAAAACACAAUGGAAGGGAAAGAUUCUCGGCUCAAUGUACUGUGCCCGGUCACAUGUCCUUGCCAGAGAAACGCGGCCAACGAUGCCGACUUAACCGAAAUCAAGCUGACCACUGUAUCUCUAGUUCCUUCUCUAAACAGCGCCGACACACAGAUUAGAGUCUCACCUGAGCUUCUAUCAACCACCUGACUGGCCUGAGUCCGGGAAAUGAAAGAGGAUUACACGAUCAGGGUUUACCGUCAUCCCUAACCAAUCCAUUUCCACCCCCAAAACUCAAGUCAGAACAGGUACAUCCCCACCAAACCACACUCCGCACCUCAGGGGUUGAAGUAACUCAGCUCCAACGAAUUAACUAGGAACUUGCCCGGGACAUUCAAGCUCGGUAUCCGAUAAAUACAUAACGAAAAUAUAGAAACACCAAGAGUGAGGGUAGACGACCUGACCAACACGCUGGAGAUGCAAGAAGACGAACUCAAGGGGCUGCUUGAUCCGGUCACCAAACGCUCUUGAGACCUCGAAGAACAAAAUAACAAAGCACUGUCUAGAUUGACAAAGGACCAAUGUCGACACUGGGAUGUGAAUGUCAGCAAACAGGAGUCGUCGAGGGAAACUGAGGACCGUAGACUACACGAGACCACAGCUAGCUCGCCUGAAGUUGACUCUGAGAACCAGAGACCAAUUUCUUCACUAACAUCAAGUGAUUAACCUGCGAUAGAAGGUGAAUCCAAACACAUAAAUACAGGAGCACAAUUCAAAGAAGCAAGCCGGCAGCUUCAAAGAAGAUCUGGGAACCGGGACACCAGGCAGGGAAGACGGAUGAGAGGGAGGUCGACAAUACUGCCCCGGGACGGCCAUAGACGACCAUACCGGACUGCAAACACUGCAAGACUCCACACGCCAAGGCUUGCAACCCUAGCACGCGCUAGGUCAAUCGCUAACCGUAAGGCCUGCCGACGAGGAACUGAACACUCCGAAGCACUCAAGGCCAUCGGAAGGGAGGCCGUAAACCUCCAAGACUCCAAGGAGGAAAACCGUACCUGACGUACGAGACUGCAAGGAGGCCGUAAACCUCCAGUCUCGUACGUCAAAAACCUUGACUAUGCUUUGGAAACUGGUGGGUGACGCUAUAAGAAGACUGCAUGGUAUGUACCACCAUUGUUGAGCUUCUUGUAACAAUGAACAAGCCAAAGUGCCUGACCACGGGAUGUGUUAUUGUAUGAAGGAGUAAGAGCAGUCCUUGAACCUCUCGAAAAUCCGUCCUCUAUGUGGAGCGCAUGUAUGUCUUUCAUGAACAAAAUCCAUACUCUAGCGUAUUCCCAGCAGAUGCAGCUACAACAUAUCGCCUGCCUCUCCAAGUAUUUGGAGAGAUACCAUAUGAACGAUGGUGCACAAAUUUUACCUGAGAAAAGAAGAAAAAAAAAAAUUCAGGUCAUUGAUGUAAAAGAUAAGAAUGCACUAAAUUUACAGUCACCCAAUACAAAGCCAGAUGGAUAUGGAAUUACAUUCAUUCUCUGGUCUAUAGUAUUGCAUACAAUAUGUAAGCCAUAAACUACAGUUUUAGUAAUAAAGUAUUUUUGCAUGUUUAAGAUGAAAACCAAUCUAAAUCAAGAAAAAAAAGUUUAAGCAUCAUCUAUGUUGUAACUUAAGAAUUGUGUAUGCUGUUGUAGCCAACGUGAGAGUUUAAUAUCAAUGUUCCACAGCAGCAUUGUUCAAGUUAGAUCAAGCAUAUAUUCUUAUAAACUAUUCAGGCAGAGCAUGUGUUUCAUAAACAAAGUUAAAGCGUUGAGUACCUCACAAUUAGCAAUGUCGUAAUUAAUACAAACAUAAGCCAUCAUGAGCGAGCAUAACUGCCUCGCCAUCUAAUACAAACCAUCCCCCAGUAUAAGUUUUUGAUCCAAUGUCAUUGAGUUGAUACAUCAUACAUGCAUUCAUCCUCCAAUCUCCAUCUCAUCCCUUCUCUCCUCCUCAUCAAUUUCCUCGAGGUCUUCAUCCGCUCUGAGAAUUUCAGCUAAAUUGGAAUUUCUAGAGAAUGGGAUUUGGAAUUUUACAAGAGGUCGAAAGUAGAGUAACAGACCUCAAGGAUUUUUUUUUAACAGAAGAUGAACCCUCUCCAGCGCUGGGUUUUUUUCUUUCAGCCGGCUGCGUUUUUAAAUAAACGCGUGGCGGCAACAAACAACAAAGACAAAAACGCAGCAUUUUGAGGCUUGUGGUGGUUAUUUCUAACGUGUGCAACGAUACGCGAAACAUUGUGUCUCGUUUUUGGUCGAACGACACAAGUGUUAGUCGAUGUCUGAAUAUCUUUAUAAAUAGUCCGUCCAACAGACAACUCACUGACACAAAAAGUUCACAACAUACCGAAUCAGAAGACAAGAAGACAAAAAUGGCGAAUGAAUAUGGAAUCGGAAUGGGUUCGAUUAUGGCGAUUGUGGUCGUUGCGAUAAUAUUGUUGUUCGUUCCGCUAAUGAUGGGACCAGUGGCUCCACCAUCUCCUCCACUUAUCUUGGUGUUUCCUCUUGUCUUACUCUUCGUGUUUCUCUAUCUCCAUUUUACGUGCAAGUGAGAAUCUCUUUUUGGUGAUUACCAUAUGUAACAUGUAACGUAGUAUGUAUUUAUCAGAUAAAUAUUAAUAUAUGUUUCUGUCUCUACAUAUAUAAAAGAAAUAUUUUUUUCGAUUUGCAGUUUGUUAAUAUACAGUUUUCUGUUCUACUCUUUCCUCCUACUUAGUUUUCCAAUAUUAUUAUUUGAUACUUCUAAACGUCUAGUUCUACUCAGGCCCAACUUAAAAUAUAGUUGGAUCUUGUGCAUUAUCAAUUUUUUAUACCAUAUAUGAGUCUAUGUUUAUUAAUUUGUAAACUGUGGACCUUUUUAAGAAAAAGAAAACGGAACUUUAAGACUUUUAAAAUAUAAAGAAAAACUGAAAAAGAGUAGGAUUCUGUACAAAAAGGCAUAAUUGGCAUACCUGUAGAGCCGGCAGUGGUUGUGCUUAUGUUGAAUUUUUCAUCCCUCGGUUUUAUCUCAAUGGUAAAUACACCAAUGGUACGGAGAUCAAACAAAAAUACAAAUCAAUCAGAAAAUACGGAUCAAACUAGGUAAACUAAUUUAUCGAAAUUAGCCUAAUUGAUCAAUUGUUAAAAAUUAAAUUUGUAAGUUGAUCCAAUAUAAAAAUACAAUUUCUUAUAAUUAAACAAUUUACUUUAAAAAUACAAAGAAAAUUUAAACAUUAUAUAAAAAGUAAAUAUUUUAUAACAUACAAUGAAAUUGAAAAUAUAUAAAUAAUAUGGAUCAUUUUUGUUUGCUCAUCUCUGUAUGUCAUUGUAUGAUCAAAAUCUUCACCAGAUAAAUUUGAAAUCUUUAAAAAAUUAUGUAAUCUCAUUGUCGUUGUUACAACUCUUUUUUAAAUUCACAUUUAUUUUUUUGUUAAGGAUUUAAAUUAUUAUAUUGUGUUAUUUUUACAUUUAAAACUUUUAAUAUUUUUAGUAAAGAAAUUAUAAAAGUUGAAUUAUAUUUUGGUAAUUCUUAACAAAAAUUACAAAUUUAUUUUUAAAAUUACAAAAAAUAAUAAUUUAUUUUGGUUAAUUUUAAAAAACAAAUCCUGACGAAUUCUUAACAUAAAGUAUUUGUAAGGAAUUGUUUUGAUGAUUUCCAAACAAAAUUCCAAUAAAAAGAGUUGUUGAGAAUCCAUCAAAAUGUUUUGAUCAAACUAAUUUAAUAAAUCAUCAUAUUUGACUGAAUGUUGAAAAUUUUAAAAUAAAAUUGAUAUAAAUAUUUUUGUUUGACCAUGUAUUUUCAAUAGUUUCUUUAAUGUUAGUCAUAAAAAAAUUGUAUCUAAUUUUGGUUUUUCAUGUCAUUUUCCUCAACCAUAAAUUGAAUAUUAUUUUAUUUAUGUUAGUUAUUAUCCGUAAUAAAAAUAAACAAUAAAAUAUGUUUUCUUAACUAAUUAUUAUAUAAUUCUUUAGUACUGUAUGAGCAUAUAUUCUUAGUUUAUAUAAAAAUAACAUGUAUAAUUAUUUAUUAUACAUAUGCAUAAGUUUCUAUUAAUGUAUUUAUAAAAAAGUAAUCUACAUAUGCAUAAAUUUUUAUAAACGUAUUUAUAAAAUAAAUAAAACUCUUUUAAAAUAAAUUACUAAUAAAGGAAAACCUGGAAAAUAUAUUAAAUUUAUUUUUGAGAUGAAAUAUAGUAUUUGAUUUAAAAGUGAAAGAAACAAAUUAAAUGAAUAUAUUUAUAGGUAACAAAAGAAAGAAAACAAAAAAAAAGAUUAAUUUCAUUGGCCCUCAGCAUGUUUUUGCUCUCUUUCCAUUUUCUCCUGCAGAUCACUAAAUAAAUUGGUAUUUUUUCUCUUUUUUUAUCCAAAGCUCUCAAAAAUAUUAUUUUAGUUAUAUGAUGAUUUUUAUUUGUUUUGUUUUUCUUAACCAAUCAAAAUGAGACAAAUACAUAAAUGCUGCCAAGCCACGCCAACUUCACAAUUUAGUCUAUCAUGGACCAGACACAAUCACAAACUGGAAAACGGAUCACUAUCAUCAUCACUUGCUGUUGUUGCUCUGUCAAAAAAACAGGAGAUCACUAUGGACUUUGACUUUUAUAAAGAAAAGCUACAAAUUUUGUUAUUGUAGUAGGAGCUUUCUUUACUUAUGAGUUCUGACUUUUUUCUUU